ACACACACACACACACACAUUUGGGUAAAAUAUAUCAAUUGGUCAAGGAUAGGGACAGCUUGCAUAUAUUCGAUAGUAGAAGGCGUUUCGACAAAGUUCCGAGGGCGUAAGGGAUUUCAUGAAGAGAAGAGACGAAACAAGCCGAUCCAUUCCGAGUCCAGCCUCGAGGAUCGAACACUGGGCUGACCGAACGGGCUCUCAUCCGUGACCCAGGCGAAUGUUUACCGGUACUUGAUCAAAGCAGAUUCGACCCCGAAGCCAUGUAUCCUCGCGCAACCUGACGAUGCCGAUGGUUAGGUGCUUCCCAAGCAUCGAGUGUUAUCUAUAUUCCCUCACAUAUCCCUACAAACACCCUUUUCCUAAACGAUUAUAAACGCAACGCGUCUAGAAAAUCAUUUUGAGCACCACUGACAAAACUACUUCACAUCCGAAAAAAAAAUAGAAAAACAGUUAUCGUCGUUUUCGACAAAUAUAUUUUUUAUUUACUUAAUUUUUCGUUAUUUUACACUUUUUUAUAUUUAUAAUAAAAUCGAAAUUAAUUAAAGAGAGAAAUAGGGGGAGGGGGGAGAGAGAGAGAGAGACAGCUGUGGGAAACGUAUCGGUCGAUCCGCAUCUUUUCAACAUCGGUAGGCCAUUCCCAUCAAUGUGUUGGAUUCCUUUCACAAGGUCAAAGAAGGCUCGUUAAAGUCUUAUCGAAGAACUCGUUAAACCAACACAAAAUCAUUUGGCCUCUUCUUAUAAGGUCGAGAAAAAUAUAGAGAACUUUAGUUGCUCCGUUGCCUCGGACCAAUGAGCAUGCUACUUUGGAUUUAAAACGGAGACGAUCGAAGAAAGUUGCAUUCUCGAAAAUUUAGAGAUUAGGACUAGAUCUAGAAAAGCGUUUCAAGGACAAUGUCGGGAUUAUUACUUUUCACGUACAUCAGUUUCUUUAUCAUUUUCGUAGUACGGUCGAGUCCAUUGAAAAGGAACGUUUCGGAAAGCGCGGCUUUAUCGUCGUUAAACGAAUUGUGUUGUCCAUUCUUGAGAAACGGAACAUCCUCGACAGAAACGAACGACAACCCGAUGAAUUUUCCGAUAUCUCACGGUACGACUUGGAAAUGUAAUUUUGUUGGGAAUAAACAUAGGCGAGACGAUUAUCAUCAUUCUCCUGGAAUUGGCUCGCACAAAUUACACACGAGAGGGAAGACUUGGAACGAGGCGAGAAAAAUCUGCAUCGAGGAGGGCGGUCACUUGGCUGUUAUCAAUUCCAUUGCUGAAGCUAAUGUACUUUCGGAUUUAUUUAACCGAAGCAGUUCUUUCACGGACGCAACUUAUAGCAAUCAAAUGUAUUUGGGAAUUCACGAUAUCUUCGUCGAAGGUGACUGGGUGACCAUACACGAUGAAUCCUUGCUAAAAAGUGGCUACAGUGCCUGGACCGACAAAUGGGGAGGUCAACCUGACAAUUCAGGCUCCAUACAAAAUUGCGGAACCAUGUUAGAGGAUGGUACACUCGAUGACGUGGCCUGCGACAUUCCUGUUGCUUUUUUCUGCGAAAUUCCUGACGUAUGAUCGAUAUCUUGUAUUAAUCAAGAAUUAGAUAAAUUAAUCCGCCCGCUGAUCUUGUUCUCUUCUUGAAUAUUAUGUUUGCAUUUGUGAAAAGUUAAUAUAUAUACAUAUAUAUAUCUGAU